AAGUGUCAGGCGGUGAGCCGUCGGAUCUGGAGAACAGUCGUGCCAUCGCGCGCGCCGCUAAAGCGCUUGCGGGACCAGCCUGUUGAUCUAGCGACGGCUAAGAGCAGCGCGCGAAGUCGCGCAUUCGUUCUGACGGCUUCUGCGUGCGGUGCAAAGCCGAACUCCUCACCGGACUACGAUUGCGGUUGUAUUCGCCAGCUCUGAAAAAAAAAAAAAAUGUAGAUACGCCGGCUUUUGGAGUGACGAUUUCAAAGUCUGAGCCACCGUUACCCGCCGUCGCUCACCGAAUGCGCUGGAUAAUUGUGCGUUGGUACUCCCGGUUCUGAACCCGGCUGAAGGGUUACAGUGUGCGGCAUUGGGAUAGCGAGCACCGACGUCGGCCCGACUGAAUGCUCUGAUGACGGGAUAUGAUACAACCAAGCGGAGAAAGGCAUCGGUAGGAUCCUCCAUUGACUACAUGUUCCUUCAAGCCCGUGUACGGCAUCUUUGACUAUUUCAGGUACACUUCGCUGUCGUUGGCUUUAGGCAGCAAGAUCGAGCCUCCCAACAAGUUCAUGCAGUUAUCCUGCUACAGGGAAUUAAUUAGAGUCCACACGCAGCACGCAGUCGAGUGUGUAAAAGGAGCAAGCUAACCAGAAACCAGCCGAUUCCUCUGCUACCCACGCAGUCUCGACCUUGACAAACAGCAAAAGCAAGAAAAGGAACAAAACGAAAAACCAGGAGAAAACGACGUUGUGCCCUUCGGGUUGCUUCCUUCUGCGUCUGUCUGGCUGCCGGGCCUCGCUGAGCACUUUGCUUUCCGGUGCGUGAUGGUGAAGCAAGGAAUCGGUACUGUGGCGGUUGCGACAAAUCGCUAGGACUAACGACCAUCCGGAGGCAUUCGCUUCGUCCGCGAGACUGUGGUGCCCCGCCGGGAAGGAGGGUGGAGGAGAAGUGAGUAGACUGAAACUAAACGCCAGAAAGGACGAGCAGCGAGUGACCGGACAUCCUGUUUUGGAGGUGGCUGUUCUUUGUGCUUUGCCCACGAAGACCCGCUUCCUCCAGGCAGCCCGUCGUACCUUCGGUCGUCCAUCUUUCCCCGCUGUCCGUGCGUGCUUCUGGCAAAGUCUGUGUCUUCGGACCGAAAAAGGAAAGCGUUCGGACCUUGCCACCUUAACGAAUCGACUAAGACCCCACGGGCGGUGAAGCAAUGACUGUGGCCAACUGUUCGGAGGCGUAGCGUCGUUGAUCUCGAUACUGAUCCCUCAGAGACGCCCUCGCCUACUUGUCAGUGAGUCCCGUUUUGCUGAGGCUGUUUUUUUUUGUUCUUGUGUGUGUAGGCUCUACUGUAUGAUGUCUGCGUGACUCAAGUGAGAAGUUGCGGCUUGUUCUAGAGGUCACGACCAAACACUCUGUCCGCUCUCAGCUGUGACCAUGGAUCUUUGACCGACGUGCAUUUUUGCGUGCCGUAGUUGCCCUGAUGUGGUUCUUCUCUGGACUAAGGUCACGGUGCGCUAUCUUCAGACAGCGCUGUGAUUCAACUAUCUUUGCAUUUGAAUGGCUCCAAAAUGUUUUGGAAUGUGUAGAUAAAAAAACAGCCAUCAACAAACGUACUUUACUAUACGGUAUGAUCGCUAGUCAAUUCCACGAAGGCUCUCUUUCAAUAAAGUAGCCUCGCGUUCAUGCGAUGUUAGUGCUACUAUGACUGCGACUGCUUCAAACGGCCGUGUACUUCGGCAUUUGUACCUUCAAGAGGUAAAACGGUCCACCGGCCCUGUACCGGCAUUCUUUUACGGGCUGCCGAAGACAUAGCGAGUGAAGCCUGCCUUGCAAAACAGCGAGUGAUAUCGAAGACGGUGCCGCGACGUUGCUCACUAAACGACAGAAAUUGCGGCCUUGUUUCGUUAGAGGCUUGACGACCACCAAGAUAAAGAUGAAAAUUGCUACGCCGAACGACGGCUUGCUCGCGACGCCAUAAUGCCGGUGUUGGGCAUGGAUCGAGCGAUCAGUACGGCAGCGCCGUACAAUGUGACUCUAGAGGUGACGAAGGCGGCGUUGCUUAACGCUUCCUUCUCCAACGAGACUCUGGUGCUUUCCUCAGCGGCCGCGGCUGCCGGGCUGGCGAACUUCACCGGCAACUUGACGGGUGAACUGGUGAUUCCCGGUGGUGGUGGUGGUGAUGUCACUUGUCCGUGGGACCCUCGUGGCGGGGGCAACUGCUCGUGGCCCGACGCGGGUCUGGCACCGGGCAACGACUCGGCCCUCGAGGCCUCCAGACUGCCUGGGGAUGCGCAGCAACCGGCCGAGAAAGUCUACUGGGCCCUGAUGCUCGUCAUCCUUCCUUUCCUCGCCGUGUUCGGUAACAUCCUCAUCAUCCUCAGCGUGUACAAAGAGCGGAGCCUGCAGACGGCUACAAACUACUUCAUCGUGAGCCUCGCGUUCGCCGACCUGCUUGUGGCAGCCGCUGUCAUGCCAUUCGCCGUCUACGUUCUGGUCAACGUGGACUGGGAGCUGAGCGAAACGCUGUGCGACUUCUACAUCGCAGUAGACGUCACCUGCAGCACGGCUUCCAUAUUCAACCUGGUCGCCAUCAGCAUAGACAGGUUUAUUGCCGUCACGCAGCCUAUCAAGUACUCAAAGCACAAGAACAGCAAGCGUGUGGCACUCACCAUCGUGAUAGUGUGGGUCGUGUCGGCAGCUAUAGGGUCUCCCAUCAUGCUCGGCCUGAACACGUCCCCACAGAGGGUGCCACAUCUGUGCAUCUUCUACAACUCCGACUUCAUCCUCUACUCGUCGCUCAGCUCUUUCUACAUCCCCUGCCUGGUGAUGGUGUUCCUCUACUACAAGAUAUUCCGCGUCAUACACGAGCGGGCGCGCAAAGCUGUAGGCAAGAAGGAGGCACGCCUCAAGGGCCUCGUGCUCGAAGGAGGCCCACCGCCCAUCGCGAACAACACGGGUCAUCAUGGUGUCGUCACGCUCGCGGUAGGCGCAGGGGGUGGGGCCACCGGUGGACAACCUGCGCAGGGAGGCCAGCCUAGCCUGGGGGACAACAGAAACGGAAACAAGAGCCUUCAGGUGAGCUCCAUGGUGCCAGAAGCGGAUCCUCUCACAGCGAACACGGGCAGCGGCAGCCAGCCAGACGAGGACGAGUUCGACGAUCUGCCCACCGAGGCCGGCGGGGACAAGUGGGUCGAAUGCGACGAAGAGGAGGCCAGCUUCCUGGCGGCGCAGAGUGCCACCUCUGGUAGCGACCCACCGUCGCACGCGACACACAACAGGAACCACGAUUCAGGAUACGUGGACUCGAAUGUUGACGAGGUCCACUUUUCCCGCCAGGAGAGACCAAACAAGGAGUUCAAGAAGAACGGAACCGUGAUGCCCCUGUUGACAGUGUCGGUGGUCGGUGGUCCAACAUUGGGCGCUUCGAUAGAGGACGGACCGGCUCGCAAGAAGUCUCGCUUCAACCUCGGUCGCAAGCACAAGUCCAGUCGCAAGAAGCGGGAAAAGGCGUCAGCGAAGAGAGAGAGAAAGGCCACCAAAACGCUGGCCAUUGUGCUCGGGGUGUUCCUGAUCUGCUGGGUGCCCUUCUUCACGUGCAACGUGGUCGACGCGGUGUGCAUGAAACUGCAGAGUCAGGACUGCCAUUUGGGUGUCACCGUCUUCCUGCUCACCACAUGGCUAGGAUACGUAAACAGCUGCGUCAACCCGGUCAUCUACACAAUCUUCAACCCAGAAUUCCGCAAGGCCUUCAAGAAGAUUCUCAUGGAGCCCAUGAAGUGAAAAAAAAAAACGUGAACCCGCUCAACAGACGAUACAAAUGGUGCUGCGUGCCAAAUGUAUAGGAAACUGCAGAUCGUCGAAGACUCUCGUUAGGAGAACGAGGACAAAGAACCGGGUUGCUGGUCGAGCGUGUGUGCUCGCAGUUGCACGCCGUCACUCUUUCGUGCUUUCUGCUUACUCCGCGCCCAAUUUUGUCGGGAUAUCUGCUCUCGGGUUACUCACUCGUUCAAAUCGCACCCUUGUUCGAAAACGGGGCAAUGAGCCGGCGAGUGAAUUGUUGUUUGGCCUAUCACGAAGGAUUGCGAACCAUGCGGCCCAACAUCGUCAAAUGCUGCAGCCUUUGCACGCCAAGUCGUCAAAAUGCCCUUGGUAAAAUCAUACAAUCUAUUCGCUUAAUUUGAAUAUAAAUAGACUUUCUAACAUAUUUACAGGCUUUCAGUGUCUUAAAAGGUCCAUUUCCACGCCAGUUCCCAGCCGAAUGUCCAGAGUCUCAUGGAUGUCAACCUUGUACAUUCUCAAGACUUACAAUACUUAUUUCAUCUGAAGAAAUCUAUUACAAGCAACCACUAGUUCCAUAUCACUCAAUUUCUCGGAGUCGUCAUUGCUAUUUCGUUUCAGCUGUGCCACAGAUUUGAGAUGUCUGCCGCAAGUCGCGGAAGCGGCUAACUUAAGACAACGCACUUGUCUUUGAGAAUGGCUCAUAGGAGAAUCACGUGGGUAAAAGUAGGUAAAACGGGAACAUGCGAUGAAUUAGGUGGUCUCGUAAAAAAAACACGUCAUUUUUUGUCUUCCGUUUCAUUUGUCUUCUGUUUGAUAUGUUCGGCUGUCUCAUUUAGGGUAAUGCCCCCCGUUAGUCCACUAGUGUACGUAACCCUAUUCCAAAAGUCUGUUCACUCAGCUUUUUUUUUUCGCUACUUCAGUCUACAAUUAUCAGUGUAAAUAAAAUGCAGAGCUAGUGAAACUUACUUCAUGUCACUCGUUAGCGGAAGGGCGCUUAGCUUUGCUGACAGAAUGAUGUAUAGUGCGAAGUAUUCUGACGUAAAGCGCUAAAGUGUCCUCUCCUGGCUCUAUUGUGACUUCUCUUUGUCCUGGCGAAUCUAACAGAUCUGACAGUUCUACAGUCGCUACAACUUCUCGCCAUUCUCUUACUCUGACUACAGCGCUUGCUUCAACACGUUCCCACGAAAUGGGGCGUGUAUUCUAGGUGACUUCAUGCGUGUCUGUAUUAUCACGGAGCAGACUUUAGCUAAGAAGUGUAGCCUUCUUUUUCUUUUCUUUCAGAAAAUGUUGUCAGCCCGGGCAAAAAUUGCGACACCAAUUGAUGCGUAAUGUCACGAAAAAUGAGUUCCCAAACAACCGCUCUCAUACCGCGAAAUUCACCAGGCAACAUGACACACACGCUCAAACGUUCUGAUUUCAGUGUGAAGUCAGUCGUGCGCAAAAUUACCUACGCUAAUCUUAACGAAAGAGCGUCCGGUAAGAAUGAACUGGAUAUUUGUGGAUAUUUGUGCCGCUGACGUCAAAAAUUUAGACGUCAGAACCCAAACCCAUUGCAGAAUAGGAAAAUAUUUACGCUACUGCAACAAGAAAAGAAAUAUUCUGUCGUGUAUUUUGUGAUGGGAUGAACUACGUAAAAGCUCGAUUUAUUCCGAGCGUCUCCUUUAACACCUACUUAGAAUUAUAUGGCAGCCAAAUCAACAACUUACAUAGGCCAAUCAUCAUGGUUUUCUCGUAAACCAAAACAGGGUAACUUAUUUCAUGGCACACAUGUGCCACGGCGUAAUAUGCGAUGAAUUGCCUUGCAUCUCGAUGUGUAUUAAGAUAGUACUAUAUACAAAAACGCCCAAGUGAGUGAAAAAUUUUGUUCAGUAGGGUGCUUCAAUACCGGACACUUGACGCUCGCUCUUUUCUAUGUUUUGCCUUAAGGCUUCAAGUAACAAUUAACGCUGACGGCGUGCACAUAGCGGCUGCCCUGUUCCAAACGAAUGGGGUGAUACAGUCAUCAUAUAUGUAUUUUUGGCCAUAAAGAGGCUUCAUGGCUUUCUUCGUACUUCUCAACGCGUUCUUCGCAGUACACGCAUUAUCGUGUACUCGGUGCUCUAGUACCUAAGCUUUUCGCCCACUUUCUCAGCUGGAAAUCCUCGCGCUGCAGCUGAAGAAACAUUGGCAGCGUCCGUAAGCUUUUUCUCCUCUCUCCAGCUCACCCGAUAUGGUCACACAUGUUACAUAUCUCUUAUCUCCCUGAAGUUUUAGAGCUUAAAUUAUUGUGGCUCACCCGCUAGCCCCUCCUUCCUGUCAACACCCUUCAAGAUUGCAGCGUCAUCUAACAAAAAAAAAGCAGGCUUUGGACUUUGUUGCCCGUUAUGUGGCUUCAGCGACGUGGAAAAAAUUGCUUGCGAUGAAUACCCGACCAGAAUGCAAGCCAGGGCAACGCCUCCAUUAAUUCAACGCCUCGAACGCGAGCCGCAAACACGCUGCCUUUCUUUCGACUGUAAUCGUUAUUGGUACAAUAGUCAGCGUCUCUCGCGGCGUUCUCUUGGUAAACACACAAAGCUCACGCAACUGCCUCCGAGCGGCUGGCAACAUGAUGUCACGUGACUAAGUGCUACGGUAACUAGCACGCUCUCACGGCGCCUGGUUGCAACAAGUGCCAGUAUACGUAGCCUCCUCUAUUCACCACGGCAGGGAGGCUUUCUAUGGAAAAGUGUGCGACGUUCCUGGCAUGCAGUUUGUGGAGGCGUUGGCCUGGAAUAUUCCGUGCCAGUUCAAGCUAGGUCGACCUUAUUUUGCCUCUCCGUCACUAAUGUGUGUUGCUCAUUUGUGUGUAUUCCGUGGACUGUACAUUGGACACCUGCACGGAGUUAUACCAUGGUGUAAUGAAGAUGAGAUGUGUUCUCCGCCUGUACGCAAGCUGUAGUACUGUAUCGUGCAUUGCGUUCUCACAAGAACAGUCAAGUUCGCUGUGUGCAUGCGAAGCGCGAUUGUGUAUACUUUGAAGCAGUGCUCGUUGGCAUUUAUUCUUUGUGUUUUUGUUCUGUUGGUAUUGUGAUAGUUUAUAUGUGUAUAAAUGAAAAAAAACAGUUAUAAAUUAAAUAAAUAUAUUAAUGUAUACAUAUGAUGUUAAGAAUGCAUAAAUACACAUAUGCCCAGACAUGACGAUGUUUACGAUGGAUGUUUAAGAAGAAAUACAUGGAAUAUAAAUUUUGUUCAUCAAA